AUGUUCCCCCUGCGCUUCCAAGUGGAGCCAGCGGCAGUGCUUCCUGACAUUCACGUGGAAGGCUCGAGCCAUGGGCGUCAGGCGAAGCGCCAGGCGCCCGCCAAGCAGUCCGCUGCCAUCAAGUCGCUCCUUGAGGCACAGAGCUGGCCGGGCGCCUUGUGGCUUCUGGAGGAGCCCACCAUCGACAAGUCCCGGCGCCUCAAGGCCCUCAAUGGGUGUCUGAGUGCUUGUGGCCGCGCCAGCCAAUGGCGGCAAGGCUUGCGCCUCAUGCACGCCAUGCGGGACAUGCCUCGGAUGCCGGGGCCCACCUCUGUAUCGCUGAGCGCCCUGUCCCUCGCCUGCGAGAGGGCGCGGCAGUGGCCCAUGGUGCUGCAGCUCUUAGACCUCGGCCGCCUCGAGCGGCUCCUCGGCCGCCAGGGCAAAAAUCCCAGCCGCGGCAAUGCGGAGCUGGCGGUGUGGACCGCCGCCUGCCGGGCUUGUGACCAGGCGAACCGCUGGCGUGCCUCCAUGGAGAUCCUGCCUGAGAUGCUCACAGGGGCCGGCUUGGAGCCGAACGUCUUCACCUUCGCCACCGCCUUCCAGGUGUGUCAGCACGGCCUUGGAGACCGGGCCGUGGAACUCUUCCAGGAGAUGCGCAGGCGGAGCCUGGAGCCCUCGGUGCUGUCCUGCAACCAGGCCCUGGGCGCGUGCGCACAGAGCGGGCUCUGGGAGGCUGCCUGCAGCCUGCUUGAAGGCGCCCGGCAGCUGAGUCUGGAGCCCAGCUCCGCCUCCGUCAGCUCCGCGCUGCGGGGGAGGCCUUGGCGCUCCUCGCUGGAGCUGCUGGCCGCCGCGCGGCGGCUCCGCGUGGAGUGCAACGAACUCACGGUGGCGGCCGCGCUGAGCUCGUGGGGCAGCAGUUGGCAAAAGGCGCAGCAACUGCUGCAGCACCAGAGAGAGCAAAGCGAAGGUGACCUUGAGCUGGGCUUCGGCCUGCUGCGCGCCGACUGGGAGGAGGCCCUCGCCCGGCUUCGCUUUCAGAAAGCUUCCGUCGCCAGCGUCUCGGGGCUGGCGGAGCGGUGCUUGACGGCGGAGGUCUGGCACUACGCGGCGCAGCUGGUGACGCAGCUGCGGGACCGCACCCUGCAGCCGGACAAGGUGUCCCUCGCCGUGCAGCUCCGCGCUCACUGGCGCCUGGCGCUGGCGAGCGCGAAGGCAGCGAACGCGGAGGAGGAGCUGGAUGAUGAGGCGGCCAUCUUCGUGGCCUCCCAGGUGCUCGCGACGGACUGGUCGCUGGCCCUGUCCGUGCUCCCGGCGAACGCUCGCGCAGAGAACCUUCGGCUCCGCGCCUGCGUCAUGGGCGGGCACUGGCAGCAGGCGCUCGCGUGGCUGCUGGAGAGGCACGAGGUUCCCGUCGACGUGUCGGUGACCAAUGCGGUCUGCACCAAGCUGGAUGAGCUCUCGCAGUGGAGCUUGGCCCUUUGGCUCCUGGAUACCCAGGACCUUCCCUCCGUGGACUUCAAAUCCUUCGAGUCCUCCUUCCAGAUGCUCCGCUCCGCCCGGGAGGCUUUGGCGAGUCACGUGAAGAAGUGUGAGAGCCUGCACGAGAACAUCGACAGGCAGCUCAAAGACUUGCAGCGAGCGCGGCCCAACGUGGACCCUCAUGUCUUCAAGGAAAAGCUCUUAGCCGCUGAGCAACUCUACUCGGAGGUGAAGUCGCAAAGGGAGGCCUCCAGCACUGCGGAGGCCGAUGCCAAGGAGAAGACCAGCAAGGCUCAGGCGUCCACGGCAAGGAUGAAGACGUUGAACGACGAGCUGAGGAGGUACGACCAGGAGCUUCACGAGCUCCGGGCGGAACGAAAGGACAAGGAGACCAAAGCCGCCCUCCUGAGGUCCAAGGCAAACACACCUGGCCUGGAGGACCGGAAGAAGCAGGUCCAAGAAGACAUCGAUCGGAACUUGGAGGAGGCGAGGGAAAUGCAGGUCAUCGGGCGCCGCGUGCAGCAGGGGGAAGAUGGCUACCUCUCUGAGGGCCAAAGCCGAGACUCCAAGAUCGCGGAGCUGACCACGAAGCUGAACGAGCUGAAGCGCCACCACCAACAGCUCCUCCAAAAGCAGAAGGAGCUGGACAUCGAUCCUGUUGCAUUGGGAGAUCAGGCAUCCAGGCUCGAGAACGAGGCUUCAGAGCUGGAUCUCCGCAUUGGGAACCUCGAGGACCGGCAAAGAGAAGCGGAGCGGAACCGGAUCGAGGCGUCAGGCGAUGCCACCCGGGAGUCGGAGGAUGCCCGAAGCGCAAGGGACCAUGCCUCCCACCUGGCCUCGCGCCUGUCCUCGGUGGAGCGAGACGCCAAGGCGCAGCUCUCGGCCCUACAGCCUAUGAUCCAGGAGCAGCACGCGGGGUGGCAGCGGCUGUUGGCCAAGCAGCGGAACUUGGACGAGGAUCAGUACAACCUCGGCCUAAAGUUGUUGGAGACCAAGCACGCUGCCGAGUCCGAGGCUCGAUCACGACAGCAAGUGGCGGGCAUCGUGCAGGACGUGGUGAAGUCUUUGCUGAGCUUCGCGCAGACCUUGGAGUCCUGCGGCGAAGCCCCGCGAGCCGCUCCGGGAGCGCAGGCCGCCCAGGCUCCUUUGGCAGAUGAGUUCGAUGACUUCUUGCAGCAGGAUUCCGUGCGCGACCCCUUCGGCGGAGCAGAGCCCGACCCCUUCGGCGGCGAUGACGAGGAGGAUCCCUUUGCGGUGACGGCAGUGCCGCGCUCGAAUCCGAGCCCCACCCACAGAGAGGAGGAGGUCUUCGCGGGGGAGAGCUUUGAAGGUGUGUGA